AUGACCCGGUUAGAAGAUCAUUAUCGGCGUUCCCCUCGCCUGGCGCCAAUUAUGCACGCCGUCGACGCCUGUUCAGAGACUGGCGAGGAGUUAUACCCAACCGAUGACGACCUCUGUGCCGUUCCGGUUCCAUCUUCAACCUCACUUGAAACUAUCAAGUUUGCUUCACGAGAAGUGCCAUUUUUCCCGCUUCUGACAAAUGCAAGGAGCCUAAUAUUCCCAAACAGGUUGUUUAAGUUGUGGUAGAAUGGGAGAGAAAAGAAGAAAAUUUGAACAAGCAGCAUCUUUGCUAUCUUAAAGUUCGAAUUGAAAAUGAGUUUUCUGAAAUUUCGAAGAUCACAGAUAUUUCUUAUCCAGAUCUCCCACAAAAAUCGCAAGUAUUAGGAAAAAAGAACACGAGGAAGUUUCGCGCAUAAUGGAUGUGGCGACACGAUUCGUCUAAAGCCCGCAAUUGUCGGCAAAAGAUAGUUGGCUGAGCCGCAGACAAGCCGAAAAGUGCCAGUUGCGUCAUCGACCUUCGUCCAAACUUUUCAGUUCAAAGUAUAAAAAUCAAUCUUCGAAAAAUAAGAAAUCGGUACGCCUAUAUUAAUACCGCUAGUUUAAGGUUAUCGCAAGCUUCCAUCAGAAAAAAAAAACAUUUAGAACUUAUUGUUUUCCGCCUGUAUUAGAUAAAAAAUUUUUAUGGGAAUGAAAUAAAAACUAUCUGAAAUUUCUCAUGCAGAAAUAAAGAAAAAUUUGAAUCUGAGUUCACAAAGCAUUCUUAGAAAAGGAAGAAAAUGAAGACCAGCAUGAAGGCCGAAUUUCAAAGGCUCAAAAAUUGAAGUGGUGUAUAAAUUACGGCAAGUUGUAAGAGGCACUUGAAGGUCGGCGCCGUCGGGAAAAAACGGCCGAACAUCCGUCAAAGUCGAGGGGUUUGGGGUGUCCAAUACAAGGAUACAAGGAGCCACAAAAGCUUUUCAACGAGUUUCACAGAGAAGACGUUGCAAUGAAUAACUAAUUGUUCGAAAAAAAGGGCAAAAGCGUAUUAUAUGUUCUCUAUCAUUAUUAUUUUUUGUCCAAUCAAAACUAUGAAUUAAAGUUGUGUGUGUAUUUUUUGAAUAUCUGGUCCUGAUCGUCCAAGAGCUACUCAGAAAAGAAAAGGAAAUUACUUGUUAAGCUCUUUCAAUGAAACAACUUUUUUUUAGAAGGAACUCAUGUUUUCUGUCAAUUUAUUACUAUGAAAACACAAUUAUUUCGCUAGAGUCGACAAAAACUUUGAACUUAAUAGAAGUUAUUUUUAACUAAUUAAACUGGGAGGAAAAUUAUUGACCGAAGGCUGAAAUGAGAGUCUAUUUCAGACAGCCGUUGUAGAAAUGGAGACUUUUUUUUUCAAUUGCAGUAUUUUGGACAAUGCUUAAGAAGGACAAAGAGAGUAGCUAAACUAACAGACAAGGUGCGAGUACGGUCAAGUAGCGGAUCAAAGAGGGUGACGGGUGAUCGAUAUUUGCAUGCGAGGAGAAGCACUAAGAGAAAUAAAGAACCGAGCUGUCGUUAGACGUCGAACGCCCCCCGCAAGAGACCGUCGGCGCAGAAGGCGGAGCUCAAAUGGACCUCGUAGAGGCGGCGCCUUUUUUUGAAGAUAGCUGA